AUGGUGUCUACAAGGGAACCUGACCCCAGGGCCGGCCCUAUGCUAGCGGACCCCCUGCUUCUCGAAAAGAUUGACAAGCUCUUCGCCUGCAAUAUCGGCGAGUACAUCAGUCUCCCGCAACUCGUGGUCGUUGGUGACCAGUCAAGUGGGAAGAGUUCUGCCCUGGAGGGCCUGACCAAGCUCAGCUUUCCCCGUGACAGUGGUCUCUGCACCCGAUUCGCAACGCAGAUUAUCUUUCGUCGCGACACGAACUUGAAGGAGCGCGAGAUUUCGGCCUCGAUUAUACCUUCGCCUGAUCUUGACGCGGGCGAUGCGGAGAGGUUGAGGGCCUGGAAGGCUUCUGGUGCUGAGACACUGGGUGGGGAUGGGUUCGUGUCGAUGAUGAAGGAGGUCCACGAAGUCAUGGGACUCUCUUCAUUUGACAACGAUGGGAAGCCGACUUUCUCCAACAAUGUUCUCUGUUUAGAGAUCUGCGGUCCCGACGAGGAGCAUCUCAGCGUCAUCGAUGUUCCUGGUAUCUUCAAGAACACCACACCCGGGCGCACCACAAAGAACGACAUCGCCAUGGUCCGCAACAUGGUCCUACGCUACAUGCAGAACCGCUGGUCAAUCAUGUUGACUGUCGUCCCGGCCAACGUCGACAUCGCCACUCAGGAGAUUAUCGAGUUGGCCCGCGAAGUUGAUCCUCCUGGGGAAAGGACACUGCGGAUUCUUACCAAGCCCGAUCUCGUUGACAAGGGGGCUGAAGACAAAGUCAUUGACCUGAUCGAGGAUCAGAACGCUAGUGGGCAGCUGGGUUCGGUUCUUGUUCGAAAUCUGGGACAGCAGCAACUUGAGGACGGAAACGUCAACCGUGAUGCUGAGGAGGAAUUCUUCCGCCAGACGGCUCCAUGGAAUCGACUUCGGGCCGAGAAUUUUGGCAUCAGGGCGUUGAAAAAUCGUCUCCAGGAUGUUCUUGCGUCGACUGUUCGUCGUGAAUUUCCUUCAGUCCGCAAAGAAGUCAAUAAAAAGCUAAAGGCGUCUAAAGACACACUUCGAUCUCUCGGAGACGAGCGUGAGACUGCAGAGCAACAGCAACGACUUCUGCUGGGUGUUGUUGCUACUUUCCAGGACAUUACCCAGCAAGCUCUAACGACAAACUAUGGCAUACGCGAAAUUUUUGACGAUCCAGAACUGCGACUGGCUACAUUGGUCGCGAACCGGAAUAGUGAUUUCGCGCAUGAUCUUACCACUCGGGGUCAUGAAUACGCCUUUAAGCCAGGCAGCGGUGACAAGAGCACAGACCAUAAAGGUGAAGGUGAGCGAGACGACAAAGAAGAGAAUGGAGAUGGCCUUGAGCAGAAAUUUGGUGAUGAUGGGACACCAGAGGCGCAGUCGAUCUUGAGUCGUAAAGUCACAGAGAACGGAGAUCUGCACGAGAUCCUACACGAAGGUGCCCCUAUCGAAUGUUCAAUACGGGCCGGGAUUACUGAGUGGAUUAGCAAACUUUAUGGUGAUGCCCGAGGGUUCGAGAUUGGCACAUUCAACCACGUUUUGCUUUCGACCCUCAUGAAGAAGCAAUCGGCUAAAUGGCCCAACCUUGCACAGGGAUAUGUCAGCGAUGUUAUCUCCUACGUCCACAGAUUCAUACAGAAGGCGCUUCUGGCUGCAUGUCCUGACAGUGAAAUGUCUUCAAGCAUCCUGUCCCUACUGAUGGACGAGCUGAUGGACAAUUACCGACAGGCCAUCUCCGUGGCUGAUUUCCUUUUGGGCAUUGAACGGGCAGGCACCCCGAUGACAUUGAACCACUACUUGAAUGACAAUCUUCAAAAAUGCCGGGAAAAGCGAUUCCAAGAUGCACUGGCCAAGAAAGCUUUCACAGUUGAGUUCCCGCAGGGUGAUGAAAAAGCCGUUCGACUUGGUGAUGUCCAUCAUCAGGAUCAUAUGAGCAAUUUUGAUCACACAGUUCAAGACAUUCAUGAUAUCUUGGAGUCUUACUACAAAGUCGCCCGCAAGCGGUUCGUCGAUAAUGUCUGCAUGCAAGCCACGGAUCACUACUUGGUCACAGGACCUAAGUCACCCAUGAAGUUGCUCUCUCCUGCCUGGGUGAACAGUCUUUCCACUGAUCAGCUGGAAGAGAUAGCUGGCGAGGAUGCAGUAACUAGGCGCAGACGUCAGCAGCUGCGGAAGGAGAUCAGACAUUUGGAGAGCGGGAGGAAGGCCCUGAUGAUUUGA